AUGCGUGAAAUUGUGCAUAUGCAAGCUGGACAAUGCGCAAGCGUAGUUAACACAUUCUCAGUUGUGCCAUCACUUAAGGUAUCCGACACGGUAGUUGAACCAUACAAUGCCACCCUGUCUGUCCACCAGCUUGUUGAGAACACAGAUGAGACCUACUGUAUUGACAACGAGGCCUUGUACGAUAUCUGCUUCAGAACCUUGAAAUUGACCACUCCAACCUAUGGUGACUUGAACCAUCUUGUCUCUGCCACCAUGUCUGGUGUAACUACAUGUCUCCGAUUCCCAGGUCAGCUGAAUGCCGAUCUCCGUAAAUUGGCCGUCAACAUGGUUCCCUUCCCACGUCUGCACUUCUUCAUGCCAGGAUUUGCACCUCUUACUUCUCGUGGUAGCCAGCAGUACAGAGCUCUCACUGUCCCAGAACUCACCCAGCAGAUGUUUGAUGCCAAGAACAUGAUGGCUGCCUGCGAUCCACGUCACGGCCGAUACCUCACAGUUGCAGCCAUGUUCCGUGGUCGUAUGUCCAUGAAAGAGGUAGAUGAACAGAUGCUGAAUGUACAGAACAAGAACAGCAGCUACUUCGUUGAAUGGAUCCCAAACAACGUCAAGACAGCCGUUUGCGACAUUCCACCCAGGGGUUUGAAGAUGUCCGCAACAUUUAUAGGCAACAGCACUGCUAUCCAGGAACUGUUCAAGCGUAUCUCCGAACAGUUCACCGCUAUGUUCCGUCGUAAGGCUUUCUUGCAUUGGUACACUGGCGAGGGUAUGGACGAGAUGGAGUUCACUGAAGCAGAGUCCAACAUGAACGACUUGGUGUCCGAGUACCAGCAGUAUCAGGAUGCCACCGCUGAGGAGGAGGGAGAAUUUGAUGAAGAGGAGGAAGACGGAGAAAUGGCCUAAAUUAACAUUCCAUCAUGAACAUUUGUGAAACAAAAAUCAUUGAACUGUCAUCAUAUUUAUUGAAUAUUAGCUCAGUAUUUUAUCAGCAUUAAUCUUAGAAAUCAUAUGGGACAUUUUUGAAUUCCAAGAUGAAAGAUUUUUCUACAUGUGUAUUUUUUGAAUUUUUGAAAGAUUUAAAAAAUAAAGCAACCUAAUUUUAUUUCUCAGGAAAAAAUAAAAGGCAGUAUUAUA